AUGAAGAACACGGAGUCUGAGGCCACUGCCUCUCGGCGGGCAGUGAAGACCCUCAUAAUAGACAACUAUGACUCGUUUACCUACAACUUGUACCAGAUGAUAUCUGUGGCCAACGGCACUGCCCCUGCAGUGGUCUACAACGACGCGUUUGGGGGCGACUGGGCCAAAGUCUGCGCCGCUUUCCCCGAAAUUGAUAAUAUUGUCAUUUCCCCGGGGCCUGGCACUCCCGAAAACCCCAAAGACUUCGGCCUUUCUGCUGCAGCGCUCUCCUGCACCUCUCUUCCCGUCUUGGGCGUUUGCCUGGGCCACCAGGGGCUGGGGCACCUCUUAGGCGCCAGAGUAAGGGUUUCUUAA